AAGGAAGGAAAGAAAGAGAAGACCGAUCCCCAUGAAAUGCCACAUGUUUUUGCAGAUGUGCAGAUCUUUCUGGUGAUCGUGCCCUUCAGGGUUGGUGGUGCGAGGCUUGGCCGCUGAUGAGGCUGCUCUCCUUCCUCCCGCAGUGCUCGCUGUCCUCGGGGAUCCUGAGAACCCGCCGACGAGAGAGAGAGAGGCAUGAUCUGAGCUGCUGGCCAGGAAGCCGCUGAGCGCCCCCAGAGCCAUGGCGGAGGGGCCUUCGCUUGCCCUGGCCGAGUGGCUGCGAACUCUCCGCCUGGACCAGUACACCGAGGCCUUCGAGCAGAACCAGCUGAGAUGCCUCCAGGACUGCCAGCACCUGACCGAUGAGGCUCUCCUCCGCUUCGGCGUCCUGCUGCCCGGCCAUCGCAAGCGCAUCCUCUCCGGGUUGACGAAGGUUUUCGCCGAGUCGCCGUCUGUCUCCGGAGGUCCCCAGCUGCCCCCGAGGAGACCCAUCCCCAUGAAACGCCACAUCUUCCGGACUUGCUCGAGUGCGGCUGCCUCCUUGCCAGAGCAAGAGGCCAAACGGGACUUGGCAGGACCAAGUAGCAAGGGGUCGCCCCUAGAACGGGGUUCAGAAGCCCCCGCCGGCCUCCCCCUUACUCCUCCCCCUAUCCCGCCGAGGACCACUUGCCACCCUCCGGUUAAGUUCUCCGCUUCGUUCCCGGAUCUCCUUGCGGAUGCUUCCUUGGACCCAGGAUUGGACCCUCCUCCGCAGAUAGGUGGCGAGAGGCUCAGCCCCCUCUUUCUGGAGGAGGGGGCCAAGCCCCCUCUACCCCCUCUGCCCGCCAAACGCCACCAGCUGGAAAGCAAGCCGCCCAUCCCCGUGCGCCCCCCCACGCUGCCCCCCAGGGUGGUGGCCCAGAAAGCCAAGCCAAGUUCUCCUGCAAAAGAGAAACCUCCGGGAUCUGAGGACCUGCACCCCGUACCCCCCACCCUCUUCCUGCGUGUCAAGUUCCCAGAGCAGAACAGUGGCCCCGAGAUCCCUCCAAAGCCCCCCCUCCUUUUGCACCCAGAGUUUGAUGAUUCGGAUUAUGAGGACCCACCAUUUGAGGAGGAGAGGGAAACUUUUACGGAAGAGAUGACUGACAAGAAGGCCACUGUGGAGAAGCGGCGUUCGCCACGCGUCAACAGCCUGUUCAGCGAAGACGAACUGAUUGAAGAUUAUUUCAAAGAGGAACCGGCCACUAACAGCCACUGGGAUGCCAGGCUGAGCCCCUCCCCUGCCACCAGCGCUCUGCCCUUCGGCGUGUUGUCGGGCAUCCAUGGUGACGGCGGUGGCAUGCAGAGCGCAGGGCCCUCCUCUCCGCUCUCGCCCGCGGUGGUCAAAGCCGGCUGGCUGGACAAGAACCCCCCGCAAGGGUCCUACAUCUACCAGAAGCGUUGGGUGAAGUUGGACGGUGACUACCUCCGCUACUUUGAUACUGAAAAGGAUGUUUACUCCAAGCGCUUCAUCCUGGUGGCCUCCAUCUCCCAAGUCUCCAGCAUCGGGGACCAGAAGUUUGAAGUUAUCACCCACAAUCGGACGUUUGCUUUCCGGGCAGAGAGCGAUGCUGAACGCAAUGAAUGGAUCAAGGCCGUGCAGAAGAUGGUGGACGAAAAGAAGUCCAGGUGCCUUCACAGAACGCCCCGUUUGCAGCCGGCCGGCAGCAGCCUUGACUCCGUGGACAAGAGUGGACCCCUGGAGUUGAGGGGCUUUAAAAGCAAGCUCUACGUGGCCGUGGCUGGGGAGAAGGUCUUCCUCUACAAGAAUGCCGAGGAAUUCCGGCUGGGGAUUGGCAUCACCUACAUCGAGAUGAACGUGGGAAACGUGAAAGACGUGGACCGAAGGUGCUUUGAUCUGACCACACCUUACCGGAUCUUCAGCUUCAUGGCUGAGUCCGACCAGGAGAAGGAGCUGUGGGUGGAGGCCAUGCAGCAGUCGGUGGCCGAGGCCCUCUCCAACUUUGAGGUGGCCGAGAAGAUCUGGGCCUCGAAGGACAACUGCUUCUGCGCCGACUGUGGGGCUCCCAAGCCCGACUGGGCCUCCAUCAACCUCUGUGUGGUCAUCUGCAAGCAAUGUGCAGGAGAACAUCGGGGGCUGGGACCCAGCGUGACCAAGGUGCGGAGUCUGAAGAUGGACAAGAAGGUCUGGACGGAGGAGCUGAUUGAGCUCUUCCUCCAGAUUGGCAACGUGGUUGCCAACCAGUUCUGGGCCGCCAACGUGCCCCCCAGCGAAACCAUCGCCCCCGAGAGCCACAGCCAGGAACGGAGGCAUUUCCUGAUCGCCAAAUACCGGGAGGGCAAAUACCGGCGGUAUCACCCUCUUUUCGGCAACCAGGAGGAACUCAACAAGGCCCUGUGCACGGCAGUGACCACCAGUGACCUGGCCGAGACCCUCUCUCUGCUCUUCUGCGGGGCUGAAGUGAAUUGCUACUCCGGAGACCCUGAUUAUCCCACCCCCCUGGCCUUGGCGGAGCAGGCUGCCCAGAGGUUGCAGAUGGAGUUCCUGCUGCAGAACAAGACCUCAGAGACCCCCCAGCUGGACGCUGGCACCAACUCCGACAGGUGCUACUCGGUCAUUUUGCUCUCCGUGGCUCACAAUGGCUUCCUCUACAAGACGCCCUCCAUGGCCAAGCUGGCUCUCGAACGCAAGUCCCGAGAAGAGUUCAGCCGCCGCUGGUGCCAGCUGCACGAGGGGGUCUUCAACUACUACGAGACCAACACCCACACCGUCCCCAACGGAGAGAUCCGGAUGCAGGAAAUCGUCUGCCUGGCCACUCACCCUCCGGACACCCACGGCUACGCCAACACUUUUGAGAUGUACACGGAGACGGAGCGGCUCUACCUCUUUGGCCUGGACAACGCCAAGGCCAUCCGCGAGUGGGUCAAGUGCCUGGCCAAGGCCUUCCUCCCUCCGGCGGCCGAAGGGCUCCUGGCCGGGGACUUUGAGCGCCUGGGGCGUCUGCGCUACAAGGGGGGCCUGAGCCUGGAGCAGGCCAAGGAGGGCUGGUUCGCCCUGGUGGGCUCCACCCUCUACGCCUUCCUGGACGGCAGCGACAAGGAGGAGGCCAUCCAGCUGCGGAAGCUGCAGGAGCUCUCCCUCGAAAAUGACGUCCUUGUGCUGGUUGAAAGAAGAAGAACGCUGUACAUCCAGGGCGAGAGACGGCUGACCUUCUUGGGCUGGGUGGGGGCCAUCCAGAGAGCAGCUGGCAGCUCCGGGGACACCUUGUCGGAACAACAACUCACCGAAAUGGAUGUGCCCAUCCUUGUGGACAGGUGCAUCGAUUAUAUCACACAGUGCGGACUGACCUCGGAGGGCAUCUACGGGAAGAGCGGGCAGAACUCCAAGACCACCAGCCUGCUGGAGACCCUCCGCAGAGACGCCCGCAAGGUCCGGCUGAAGGAAGAGGACCACCAGGUGGACGACGUGGCCAGCACCCUCAAACGCUUCUUCCGGGACCUGCAGGAGGGGGUCUUCACCAAGGACUCGGCCCAGGCCUGGCUCAAAGUACCCGCUCUGGAAGACCCCACCGAAAGGAUCAGCCGUUACCGUAGGCUUCUCAACAGCCUUCCGGUUGUCAACAAAGCCACCCUGAAGGUGCUAAUCAACCAUCUCUACCGAAUCCAAUGUUUUUCUGACGAGAACCAGAUGACUACCCACAACCUGGCCAUCGUCUUUGGGCCAACGCUCUUCCAGACGGACGGCAAGGACUUCAAGGCUGGACAAGUGGUGGAAGACCUCAUCAGAUGCUACAUGGAGAUCUUCAGUGUGGACGAGGAGGAGAUGAGGAAGCAGCAGGAAGAAAUCCAGGCCAUCUUGAAGAUGCGCAUCGCGGGAACCUCCAGCGGGACGCAGCAUGCUGGGGACUUUAUCUGCACGGUGUAUCUGGAGGAGAAGAAGCUGGAGGCCGAGCAGCACGUGAAGAUCCCGGCCACCAUGACGGCAGAAGAGCUGACCUUCACGAUCUUGGACCGGAGGAAAAUCCCCACCAAGGAGAAGGAUUUCUGGAGCUGCUUUGAAGUCAAUGAGCGAGAAGAGGCAGGUCAAGCCCCCCUGCACUACAGCGAGAAGGUGCUCCCCAUCGUCCACAGCCUGGGAAAGGACAGCUACCUGGUGGUGAAGAAGCAGCUCUCCAUGGAGAACAUGCUGCUUUACCUGGCGAGCAAGGUGGGCGACAGCAAACACGGCUUGAUGAAGUUCCGUGAGGAGAAGAACGUGCUCGGGGUGGGGCUCAGCACCGGAUUCCACGACCGAUACUUCAUCCUCAACAACCACUCCCUCCGCCUUUACAAGGAGGUCCGGAGCCAUAAACCGGAGAAAGAAUGGCUGGUGAAGAACCUGAAGAUCUAUCUGGGAAUUAAGAAGAAGGUCCGUCCACCAACUUGCUGGGGCUUCACUGUCUUCUUUGAGAACGAAAAGAUGGAGAAGCAGCAGUGGUACCUCUGUUGUGACACCCAGAUGGAAAUGCGAACGUGGUUUGCCAACUUCCUCUCCAUGCAGCACGGAGGCAACAUCUGGCCUUCGGAGUCGUCCAAGGUCCGGCUUCCCCAGGCGCCACCAGACUCCCGGCUGGGCAACGUCUCCCUGAUCCCCCUGCGAGGCAGCGAGAAUGAGAUGCGGAACAGCGUGGCUGCUUUCGUGGCUGACCCCUUGACGCUCCUUCGGGAUGUGUGAAUCUGGCAGAGGCACACCAGGUUGGACAACGGAGGACAAGCGCAGCUGAGGCCGGUCCAUCCACUGGAGGCUGCUCCAGCAGGGUGGGGGGGAGGGAGGGGUGCCCAGUAUCCAGGACAGACUCUCUGGAGUCCACGGAAGACCCGAAAGCAGCAAGAACGAGGCCUCCAACCAGAAAAGGGGGUGGGGGGAGGGGUUUGCAGACAGCCUGGACUUGGAAGCUGGUCACCAAAGGGUCAUUUCUGUGCCAGGAACCAGACGUUGCCCCCCUCACCCGCCACGGUUUGGCAGCUUCCUUGCCUGCAGCCUGGACUUCCUGGGGAUCGUUGCCAAGACCACCCCUGCCCUUUCGCCAUCUCUGACGGACGUUGUGUAGCCUGGGUUUUACCAGGCGCCGGAACGUUUUUUGGAAACAAGAAUUUUUGGGGUGCAAAGAGACCCCUCCCCCCCGUGCUCCCCCAGCAGACCGAGCUGGGAGGAGAGGAAGGUCACGGAGGAGCCUUUGCUCAGCGGGGAGUUUGGGGUCACUCGGAAGGGACCUGCUGUCCACCCCAAACAUUUCAGCUCCCGUCCCUUUUUCUGAACCCCUGAAAUCAGGGGGCGCUGAGCGCAGAAGAGGGAAGCUGCAUCCAUCAGGGUGGCCGGCGGCUAAGACCGGCUGCUCGUCCCACCUCUUUGGGGUCCCCAAUUCUGCACCCCCGUCUCUUCUACAGACUCGGGGCUCUCUUGCCAGCAACUGCCCACCUGGAAGAAGGAAACACGGACAGUGGCGUCUCGGUACAAGCACCGCAGAGGGUACCAAGACUGCGGCUGGCAGGGUGGGGGGCUUCUCUCUGCCCCCUCCUCCUCCUGAUGACCAGGAUCAGAAAGCCCAGCUUUGCACGGGUGCUGUGGAAAAGGGACGGGGCCCAUCGUUUUCAGCCGAUGUAUUUUUAUUGGUCUCCUUUUUGUAAUCAGAAUAAAAUUGUCAGAAGGAA